GGUAAACCCAAUAUUUUACUUUGUGUAGUGUGAACCCCUUAAACCUUGGUACUAUUUUACCAUAACAAAAUCUUUUAAUAGGUACUUAGUGUUUUAGUAAGUCAAUCAGAAAAUAGUAGCCGACACGGCGAGUUGUGAUUUGUGAACCCACCUAAAGGUCAGUACUAAUUGUGGUUCUAAUUUGUUUUGGCCAUUCGCUACUCGCCAUUUUCCUUGUUGCCCAGUCGGACAUUCAUCACAGCCAGUGCUUGGUAGGUAGUUCAUUAGAGAAAAAACUACAACUAUAAAAUAUAAUGACAUCAGAAAAGGAAACUAAAAAUAUAAAAAAAAAAUUAACAAUUAGACAACAUUUUCCAUCUGAAUCAACAGAGUAUAACCGGCAUAUAGGUCAAUUGCAAAGAGAAACCACGUCUAUCGAUGAAAAUCUUGAGUCAGUGUUUAGGACAAUGUGGAAAACUAAUUUGUUGAUCAAGAAUAUGAUGGACAGUAUUGCAGUCAGUGAAGCAAAACAUGAUUACAAAAAAAGUGGUCAUAUGGAUUCAACUCUUAAAGAUCUUUAUAAAACCAUCUGGAAAAUCAAUUUUUUGAUCAAGAAUAUGAUGAACAGUAUUACAGUUAGUGAAGCAAAAAAUGAUAGCAAAAAGAGUGGUCAUAUGGAUUCAACUCUUAAAGAUCUUUAUAAAAUCAUCUGGAAACUCAACUGUCUAUUAAAUGACCAGUUCCGUUUACAAGCAUGAAUUCAGCACAAGGAUAUUUAAAUAACAAUUUGUCAGUUCAAAACAAAAUCGUUAAAUGGAAACAUUUUUUAUUUAUAAUAACUUAAUAAUUUUAACAAAAUAUACAUGUAUAACAAUUUAAAUGAGUAAUUUAUCAAUUACAAUUAAAGUAAAGUACAAACUAUGUUACAUUAUCUCAAAAUCAUCUCUUAGGUCAUUAUACUCAAGAACAUGAUUCUUGAUACUUUAAAUAUCCACCCAAAUAAAUAUUUCUAGGUAGACUAGGUAAAACUUAAUUUUCUCAUAAAAAAAUGUUGAAUCAGUAUUUCAGAUUCUAAAAUAUUUAGAUAAACUACCAUACAUUUUGGUUAUCUAAGACUUUUAAGAAAUAUACAAUUUUAAUUUUAAUUUAAUUUAACAUAAAUAUUUUAAAAUUAUAUUUUAUAUUAAAUAGAGCAAACACAGUACAAAAAAUAAAUGUCAAAAAGUUCGUGACAUUCCCUUUCCCCCUUAAUCCGAGCUUCAUAACAGACAAAUUUCUAUUUUAAUAUCUAAAAUAUACUUAUAUGAUUCU